CACUCCUUUCUGAUUUCCGACCUCUGGGUCUCUUCCCCUCCACUUUCCCUCGUCUUCUCCGGCGAUUAUUGGCCGGAUCCCGGCUAAAGUUCCCUUUUUUCUAUCCUCCCUCCUUAUUAUUCAUUAAAGUUUGUUUUUUUUACAAUCUAUUUUUUCUGGCUUGAUGGAUAUAGAGGUCGCUGAGGUUGAAGUGGAUGAGCUGCCAUGUCCUCGCGACCUCCUCCGGCGACUUGCCGGAACAAGCUGUAGUGAGAAACAUCCGCUCCCGUUGUCAGAUUCUGUUUUGUUAUCCACGUCAGCUUCUAGUGAGAUGGAUCUCUGCCUCGGUCUCUCACUUGGCGGAUGCUUCGCCGUGGGACAGAGUGAGAAAAGGCUUGUUCGGUCUUCUUCCAUCGCGGCGCUCUCCAUCUUUCCGACGGAGAAGGACUUCCCACCUCCUGCUGCGUCGCUAGCGAGGACAUGUUCGCUGCCGGUCGAAGCGGAUGAAGAUAAUCGGAAG